GGUGUUUGGAGACCGCAGCGAGGAGACCGUGCGUCCAGACAGCGGGAGGUGGGAACAAACGAACGAACGCAGCGGCCCGAACACCUUCCCUCCCUGGUUUCCCAGCAGUAGCCUAUCGCAGUCGGCCUGAACGGACACCGCGCGGAGGAACCGGAGGCGGAGGCCAGUUGCGAGAAAACACCGCGAAUACGCACACCUCCACCCUUCUCCUCCUCCCUCCUCCUCCCUCCUCAACACACCAGCCUUCUGUCUGCGGUGUUUGCGGGCGCACUCUGCGAACUUUUUACGCACCGACGGGACGCACUGAAGGGGACUUUUGGUGGUUUGGGAACAACAAGGGUAUGGAGAAGGUGCUUCUGGUCAUGUAGCCUCUCUCUAGCUCCCUCAAAGUGUCCUGAUAGUCUCCAGCGGAGCCUGUAAGACUUAUUCAGGACUUUGGGACAAAAAAAAGCGCACUAUUCCCAACUGGAGCCCGGAGAGAAAAAGCUCAACAUGCUGAACGGGACAUACGGUCGGAUGUUUUCACCGGGUUUGAAAGCCGCUUGUCACCGCUAGGUCGUGUGUUCGCUACUUUUCCAUUGCGGAGCAGCUUGUGAGACUCAUUGUACAGCGAAGUGAAGUGAAGGAUUAUGCAACGCGAGCGAAACUUGGAGGAUCGCGGACCGCUACUUCACUAAGGAGAGAGAUCAGUGCGUAAAAAAACAAAAGUGGACACGGGAAGUCAACUAUAGUACACAUCAUACACCCCAUCCCUCAUUUCCAUACCUAGCGGUGUGAGUAGGCUGGACUUAAGCCAAUCAGCCGUCACCAAAGGACAUCAAGAGUCGUCAGGCGUUAUCCGUCCUCCAUCAUAAUCGCGGUGACAUGCGCAAUCUCUACACGGGGAGCGCCAGUUAAUAACCUCUGAUUACACCGAGCGGACUCUGCCGAAGGGGUCCCACAUGUUGGCCGCCGAUGAACCGGCCAGCGGCUGGAGCACCGCGUCACCGCGAGCCGCCGGCACAAUGUCCCGCCGCAAGCAGGCCAAGCCGCAGCAUCUCCGGGAGGAGGAGGAAGGACCGGCUAGGACCCGAGUCUCAUACUCAGACAAUGGAAUCCUGGAAAACACUGAGAGCGUGGAGUUCCGCGGCUCGGAGCGUUGCUAUGGCAGCAAGGAGACGCACGUGUGUGACAGGUGCUGCGCCGAGUUCUUCACCUGGUCCGACCUGGGCCGCCACCGUAAGCUCUGCGACGAGCUCCCGCUGGUGCUCAUCGUGAAGGACGAUUACGGGACGGAGGCUGUCCACGAUCGCGCUUCCCUCGGGCCCUCGCCGGGGCCCAGCGUGGCCCCCAGCGACUCCAGUCUGGAGGACUCCACAGACGAGGGCCCCGAGGUCGGAGAGCCGUCUGCGAUCGACACUGACCACCUGUUGUGUGGGGUUCUAGAGGAGGAGAGGGAACCGGAGGAGCCCAUGGAUCUAGAAGCCCGGGCGGAGAUCCCCCAGUUCACCGCCCCGACCGGCAGUCCUCAACCACCGGAUUUGACCGAGUUCGGGUCCCCUCAGCCGUCCACCUCCGGUACCCACAGCAUGCCCAGUACCAACGUCACGCUGGAGAUCCUCCGGGGCACCAGGGUGGCCGUGGCCCAGUUCUCCCAGGGGAUAGGCGCCGGAGGAGGGGCGGGCGGGAAGGCUGCCUCGGUUGCCAUCCCCGUGAUCCUGGAGCACCUGCUGGCUUUGCAGCAGCAACAGGUGCAGCAGCUGCAGCUCAUUGAGCAGAUCCGCAGCCAAGUGGCGGUCAUGAACAGACAGCCCACGCAGGCCGCCCUGAACCCCGUCUCCAGGGCCCUGACCCUGGCCCCGACCAACCCUUUCCCGUCGCAAGGCCUUGUCCCCCCGCCGGUUCUCCCGCUGUCGGGGGCCAUGCCCUCGCCUGUCAACGGCCAGGCCUCCGUCUCGUCGUCCCCCAGCCUGGAGAGGUCGCAGACUCUGGCGUCUCAAAACGCACACAGGCUGUCCGUCGGUGAUUACAACGAGAUUACGUCCCCCUCAGCGUACGCAGAGAUGUCGGCCGCCACCUCCAUCUCCAGCUACACCAGUCACACCCCCACGUUACCGCCUUCUUAUAUGAGCUCCCAGACCGGCGGCGUUGGCGGCGGUCAGACACUGAACUCCUCUGGACCUCUGGACCGAGGGCAGCAGGGCGGCCUCCUCAGCUCGCCUUCCUCCUCCAGCCUGGCGUUCCUACCUCACAGCCCCCCUAGUGGCGUCAUCUUCCCCAACCCCUUGGCCAGCAUCGCAGCGACAGCUCACGCACUCGACCCCAUCGCCGCCCUCCUGAAGCACCGGAAGGGAAAGCUGCCCAACGUGUCCUUAUUCAACACCAAGCCCAGCCCGGAGGAGCCCUUCUUCAAGCAUAAAUGCCGCUUCUGUGCCAAAGUGUUUGGCAGUGACAGUGCUCUGCAGAUCCACCUGCGCUCCCAUACAGGGGAGAGGCCCUUCAAAUGCAACAUCUGUGGCAAUCGCUUUUCCACGAAAGGAAACUUAAAGGUCCACUUCCAGAGGCACAAAGAAAAGUAUCCUCAUGUUCAGAUGAACCCCUACCCCGUGCCAGAGUACUUAGACAAUGUGCCAACCAGCUCCGGGAUUCCCUAUGGGAUGUCAUUUCCCGCAGAAAAACCUGGAUCUUCAUGGCUGGACAGCAAACCGGUGGUAGCGACUUUGCCCACCCCUAUAGGCCUUCCGCUCUCCUCUGCCCUUACCAGUAUAGGAAGCUCAAAUGACCCCUUAAGCGUAACACCAUCCAUUAAAUCUCCCUACCGGCCACCAUCGGGUGAAUGCGUGUCUUUGUCCCCUGCUAGUGGCGGCACCGAGCCUCAUAUAACUCCUGUUUCCGAGUCUCCACAGUUGAGCUGCCAGGACUCGGCCCUCGACAAGCUAAAAACAGAGGGAGUGCACCUGCCCCAAAACUGCAUCCAAAGAUUGAUGAGCAACCCAGUUACUGUAACGACCGGGACCUCCGCCGCCGGCACCGCAGCCCCGUCCGAGCCCACCACACCGGAGCCCCUCUGUCCCAGCUCCCCCUUCUCCAACACCACCCCCCUACCGUACCCCUCAGACCCGGCCAAGUUCUCGCCCAACGGCCUCCUGGACUCUAUGCACACGUCGGAGACCUCCAUGCUGGAGCGGCUGGUGGAGAACAUUGACAGGAAGAUGACGGACCCCAACCAGUGCGUCGUGUGCCACCGCGUCCUCAGUUGCCAGAGCGCCCUCAAGAUGCACUACCGCAUCCACACCGGCGACCGGCCCUUUAAGUGCAAGAUCUGCGGCCGGGCCUUCACCACCAAGGGCAACCUCAAGUCCCACGUCGGCAUCCACCGGGAGACCCCGCCGGUGCUGGUGCAGCACUCGUGCCCCAUAUGCCAGAAGAAGUUCACCAACGCCGUGGUGCUUCAGCAGCACAUACGCAUGCACAUGGGCGGGCCCCUUCCGGAACCCUCCGACGCCGAAGACCCCAGGGAGGUGGACGGCGGCGCCUCGCGGCGCGGGAACCACUUCGACAGCCUCAGCAGCAACGACAACGACCCCGCGGACGACCUUUCGUUCGAGGACGACGGAGAGGAGGAAGAGGAAGGGGAGAACAUGGAGGAGGAGGAGGAGGAGGAGGCGGAGGAGGGGGCGGCGAGUCCCGCUAAGCGCUUUAGCUCUCCUUGCUACUCCCCGUCGAGGGCCUCGGCCGUGGUCUCCAGCAUAGCGGCGCUGGAGAACCAGAUGAGGAUGAUUGACUCCACGGUGAACCUGAACCACUCGUUUGGCAUCACGGCUCUGGCCAACGGGUUAAUGGACCGGGAGCGGCUGGCCAUCAACUGCCGUCUCGCAGAGAGACGGGGGGAAAGUGGGGCCGCGGGCAGCCCGACCUUCUCCCAGUCCUCUGAUGUGUCGGUGUCCCCGGCACAUAGGAAAAGCGCUGAUGGCAGAAUGAGCAAGUCUCCCACAGCGAACAACAGGCCAGCAUCUCAAGAGCCUUUAGCAGCCUUGGUGAAGAUGGAGCAAUCUGAGCCUCCUUCAGCGGCAUCUGUCGCGGGAUUGGCCCAGGACCUGAGAGGGCUACAGCCCGGCAAGAUGUGUGUGAAGGAGGAGAGUCCUUACAGCCUGCCCUUCCUGCUGAGCAGGGAACGAGGUGAAGCUCUCACCAGCCUGGCCAACAGCAUGACGUCAGGACCAAUCAAAACAGAGAUGAACGGACACAGUCAUCCAAUCGACGGACACCAUCACCCUGCCUUCAGCCUCCUGCUCCCUCCAUCGUAUCCUCCAAUCAGCAGCCCGGGAAUGACCAGCUUGCUUGGGCCCGCCCCUCCUCGCCGCACGCCCAAACAGCACAACUGCCACGCCUGCGGGAAGAACUUCUCGUCGGCCAGCGCCCUGCAGAUCCACGAGCGCACGCACACGGGGGAGAAGCCCUUUGUCUGCUCCAUCUGCGGACGAGCCUUCACCACUAAAGGCAACCUGAAGGUCCACAUGGGCACCCACAUGUGGAACAACGCCCCGGCCAGGCGGGGCCGGCGGCUGUCCGUGGAGAACCCCAUCGCGCUGCUGGGGGGGGACCCCAUGAAGUUCGGGGAGAUGUUCCAGAAGGACCUAGCGGCGCGGGCCAUGAACGUGGACCCCGGGUUCUGGAACCGGUACGCCGCCGCCAUCACCACCGGCCUGGCCAUGAAGAACCACCACAACCACCAAAACAACCACCACAACCACCACAACAACCACCACAACAACCACAACAACCACAACGAGAUCUCAGUCAUCCAGAACCGUGGAGGUGGAGGAGGUGGUGGUGGAGGAGGAGGUGGAGGAGGAGGAGGCAUCCCCCAGCUUCAUGCCAUGACCGCAGCCAUGGACAGAGCCUCCUCUGGGGGGAUGCACGGCCUGAACGGCCUGGGGAAGACGUCGGGUUUGGACCUGGGAGCGGGCAGGCACUUCUCCAUGUUGAUAGACGAUAGCAAGGAAAUCGGGAUCAACUGACAACACACAUGCAGGAGCGACCACUGGGAGAAAUUAUGCAACAUAUUAUGAGUAACUAAAAUAUUUGUACAACAUCUUGUUGGUUCUUACGUAUUCUAUUAUAUAUAUAUACAGAUACAGGAAUAGGCGUUUUUAUGGACCGAGCGAGGGGAAUAGGGGAUUGAUGUUUUGCCACUUUGUUUCAACUGUCAUUCGUGAACAUUGUUUUUCUCUACAGAGAUGGUUGAUUUGUUUCAUUUCUACACGAGUCCUGAGUGGCUUGUUUAAGAGAAGUGGACUAAAGGGAAUGUCCGAUUUACAGAAGACAACUUUGAGUGUGUCUUCAUUGGUCAGCUGCUUGGAGCGGGCCACCAGGGCAGAGGGUGACAAGCACAAAACGUCCUCCAGGUCCUUCAAGUUUCAACCAUCUAUCCUCAACACGUGUACAAUACAUCCCCACUGCUAAAGUCAUCUGCUAGUCAUCAAGAUAGACGUCAGUUUGUAGCUUCUUCAAUUCACUACCUCACCCCGUUUUUUACAAUACAGAGGAAAAGACUUGAAGUGACUGUAUAUGUUUAAACACUGAAUAAAAAAAUGACUUGUAAUAAUGUCUUUU